AUGUUUCGGUACCUACUGGCCGUGACGGUGCAUGUCGCAAGAAAGUUGCGUGUAGCCUCUUCUGAACCAGACUGUAACUUUCGAUGUAUUCUUCCAUUUUCCGACGUCGAAGCUAUAGAGCUUCAUGGGUUCAGCGACUCUUCAGAAGCUGCCUUUGGAACUGUUGUGUACUGCAAAUCCCAAACACCUGCUGGUGAGGUUGUUGUCAAGAUGGUGGCCAGUAAAUCCAGAGUGGCUCCACUGAAGAAGCUCACAAUCCCGAGAUUGGAGCUCUGCGCUGCUGUGCUGCUGGUGAAAUUGAUGCAGCGUAUCCAGUCGGCUCUUCGAUUGAAAGUGUCCAAUACCUAUUACUGGAGUGAUAGCAUGAUUGUGCUGUCAUGGAUUAAAAAAGAGACGUCCCAGUUUAAAACCUUCGUGGCAAACCGUGUAGCCACACUUCAAGACCUUUCGUGUCAGGAGCAGAGGAGACAUAUUUCAUCAGGAGAUAAUCCAGCUGAUCUUAUCAGUCGUGGUAGAUCUGUUACUGUCCUUGUUUCGUCGUCUUAA